ACUAAAGCGAAUAUUAAAACGAAAAUUAAAUAUUAAUUUCCGCAUCGCAUCUCCCCGACCGUUAGAAAAACCAGGUAAGGGAUUAACCCUACCGCCGCCCUCGGCCGGCCCACUCCCGGGACGGACUUGGACACAAUCAGUGACAGACAGUUGACAAGAAGACACGAUGGCGUUGUGGACUCCGUACGCGGAACAAGCCCUGGACUUAACCAAGAGUUCCCAGGACCGAAUCGAGGACCGGUCCACUAGACCGACCGUGCCGGACUUCAGAUACUCAUCAGAGUCGCCGGUCGACAACAGAUAUAAUAAUUAUAUAUACGAGUACAAUCAGUCUCAAGUAUACCCUGACUGGUCGUACCAGAAGGCUCCGUCGCCGCCGCAGUCUCCCGACGUCAUCGAGGUGGAUUCGUUGGCCGAUGACUUGGAGUAUCAGGCCUUCGAACGAGACGCGCUCCGAGCCAUGGCCGAGAAGAACGGAGGAAUCUUACUGGGAAAUAACCCACGGAUGAGGCGAGCGGUGCAGACAAGUCAGGAGGCUGACGACCUCUACAGGAAACAGAGGGAGAGAAAUAACUUCGCGGCGAAACAGAGCAGAGACAGGAGGAAGUUAAGAGAAGUCCGACUAGCGUUCCAAGUGACUUUCCUGAAGAAGAAGAUUGCGGAUUUGAAGGCCAGACUCGGAGAAAAGGUCUGUGGAAGAUGUAAACAACAAUGUAGCUGUUAAAUAUACCUAAGUAGUGUGUGGACAUAGACCUUUAAUAUAUGUGUAGGUACCGAGUUUGUGA